AUGCUCAGGCUAGUUACCUAAUCUCAUCUCAAACGUUCUUGGAAUUCAGCGUUCCCGUCUUUGGAGAAGAGUUUUUCUACAUUGUCAGAAGGGUUUACAAUUCCAGAAUAGAACAAUACCACUUCCUGAUGAAAACCGGGCAAAAACAUGAAAUAUGUUAUUUGCUGACUUAUAACAAUUAAAUUCAAUAUUUCUGUCUGCUCGGAUUCCCAAAAUACAGAUGGUUGUCAUCUUAUUCCCGUGGCCAUAUUUUGGCCUUUUUUAGCUGUCAUGUUUUGUUUAUUUGUAGUUUCAGGUUCUUGAGAUCUAUGAAGACUGACUACAAUAAGUUAUGUCUGAACCUUCCUUGUCUUGUUGCCAAUUUAUUUUCUUUUUUUUUUCAGAUUUUUGAAAGCUAGAAAGUUUGACUUCGAGAAGGCAGUUCAUAUGUGGUCGGACAUGUUGAAGUGGAGAAAAGAAUUUGGGACAGAUACUAUAUUAGAGGUACGGCAACUACUCUCAUAAACCAAAAGGAACAUUUUUUUAAUGUUUUAACGAUGGGAGAUUUGUUUCGGUUAUAGAUAACCAGGCAUCAUAUUUCAUGUCAUCAUUAACGGAUCAAAUGUAAACUAGUCUCCACAAGAAGUUUAUGUAUAAAUUCGAUAUCCGACUCAAUUCUUUAGUUGUACAAUUUGUAACUUAUUUUUUCCUGAUUUUCUCUCAAAUUACAGACUUAAUUCUUCACUUGGCAUUUAUUUUUUCUUGAUCUUUUUCUCUUUUUGGCAAUAAAUAUUGUUCUUAGUGGUUUCUAUAGCAUCAUUUUGUAUGAAAGAACUGAAUUGCAUGUGCUGGCGUAUAACAAGGGGUGAAUCAGUUGCGAGAUUUAGGAGUCAAUAGUAUGAGUUGGGAUCAAGACAGAUGUCCAAGAACAAGUAAAACAUGUGUUAUUUAGUCUGUCAGGGGGUUUCCUUCAUAGAGGGGCACUCAAGUCGUCUCAUGACAAAUACAAAAAGAAAACAAGGACAAGAAUGUACUCUUUCCUUUUGAAAUCAGAUCGUGGUGUCCCUUCCAUGACCUAAUUUCGAGAUAGAUCGUCAAUUUUGGAGCAUCCUAUAGAGGAAUUUGCGUAGUUAUUCCCCCGUAGAUAGAAUUCGUGACUUUCUGGUGUGAAUUCUACCUUCUGUCAUUUUCCAAGAUAGAGAAAGGAUCAAUGCGUCUUCACCGUCUACAAGUGUUGUGCUAGUGGCUCAACGUUCUAUAUAGGAGACAAGGUGAGCGCACUCAAUGCAGCUAUUGAACUGCGCAACGCAUAAUGGAGAUUGGGAAGGAGAGGAGCAGUGAUUGGCCCAUUUUCUCUCAUCUUCGUGGCAUCGAACUACGAAGAAAAACUCAGACCAGAAAGCUGACGGUGGAAUCCUAGCCAAAGCAUGCUCAGAUACGGUCUUUGAGAUUGAGAAAAGAACACCACAUUGACUAAGAAAAAAAUGGAUUAUACAGUCAACUCUUAGUAGGGCAUAGCUAUUAUUCUAACACGUCGGCUAAGAAAAAAAAUGCAUUUAUGGACUUAGAUGACACUACUGAGUUAAUAACAGAUUAAUUCCAUACCAAAAGAUUUGGGAUAAAAUCCCUGAGACGUAUAUACGAGCUGACUGUACAAUCCCAAAAAAAAAAGAAAAAAAAGAAAAAAGAAAACAGUUUUUAUGUACAAUUUUGUUUAUUUAUAGUUUGGAAAUACUUUCAGAACAAGUUGAAUUGUCUACUUUAUAGGAAAUACCUGUCCUAAUAGUCACCUUUACAAAAACGCUCUUUUAGAUACAUACAGAACUUACUCUAUCAGUGCAUACCAUCUCAAUGAAUAUUUAUUGGAUUUAAUUCUAGGACUUCGAGUUUGAGGAACUGGAUGAAGUUUUGCACUACUAUCCCCAUGGUUAUCAUGGCGUUGACAAAGAGGGAAGACCUGUAUACAUCGAGAGGCUGGGGAGGGUUGAGCCUAACAAGCUCAUGCACAUUACUUCAGUGGAGCGUUACAUCAAAUAUCAUGUACAGGAGUUCGAGCGAGCCUUCUGCGAAAAGUUUCCCGCAUGUUCUAUUGCAGCGAAGAGACACAUCGGCUCCACAACGACAAUACUCGAUGUUCAUGGCGUGGUAUGUUGCUGAGAUCUUCUUCACCGCGAAUCAUUCUAUUUUGCUUCUAAAUGGCAUUUCAUUUUUAUUUAUUUAUUUUAUUUUUGGAAAUCGUAGGGCCUGAAAAAUUUCAGCAAGACGGCCAGAGAUCUUCUACUAACGAUGCAGAAGAUAGACUCCGAUUACUACCCUGAGGUACACCUCAUAGAUACCUGAUUUCUGAUGGUCAGCAUUCGUCAAAUGUUCAUUGCAUAAUUGGUCGCUGCACGAUCUCAGACACUUCAUCAGAUGUUCAUUGUCAACGCUGGGCAUGGCUUCAAGCUGCUCUGGAACACAGUCAAGAGCUUCCUUGAUCCCAAGACGACAUCAAAGAUACAUGUAAGUGCAUCGCUUAUUUAUCUUCGAUUUUCUUUCUGUUUGGCAAAGUGGCCGGAUCUGAUGACGAGUUAGACAACUCACAGGUCCUGGGUACCCGAUUCCAGAGUAGACUCCUUGAAUCCAUUGACUCCAGGUUUGUGUGAUUCUUUGUGCGAGGAUCACCGCCGUACAUCAGUGUUGACUUAUGGGUGUGAUUGCCAAAUUUCUGUCCUUCAGACAGCUGCCAGAUUUCUUGGGGGGUUCGUGCACAUGCUCUGCCGGCGGAUGUCUUCGGUCUGAUAAAGGACCCUGGAAUGAUCCUGAGAUAAUAAAGGUAUUUCCCUUUCGAGGCUUAAGCAAGUGGGGAACAUGGGUCUUUACUUUUCUUUUUUUUCCUGGUUUGCGUUGA